CGGUGGCUCUACUCGACGGAACGGCGACGGCUCUUUCGAUCUCUCCUCGACGGCACGGCGACGGCUCUAUCAUCUGUGGGUCUCGGCGAGGAAAGAAAACUGCGACCUUUCUAUCGGUGCCUCUCCUUGACCAAGCUAAACGACGACAUCUCUAUCGGUGGAUUGAUCAAGAGCGAUGUUUUAGGAUGAUUUUCUCUCUGUGUGGAUUGAUCAAAAGCGAGACAGAUUGUGUCUGUGUGGCUUUAGGUGUAUUUUACUGCUUGUUCUCCAUCAAUUUUGAAUAUGAAAAUCCACAAUUUCUAUUCUGAUUUGUCUCGUGUUUUUGUGUUUAGGUGUGAUAAAGCAUCACACGGGUUCUUCAGAUAGAGGACCUUCGAUUAUUCACACAGUUUGUUUUAUCUUGUAAUGACAGGUCACGGGAGUGGACAGUUCUUGCCAUGACAGGUCACGGGAGUGGACAGGUCAGGGGAGUCGACCAUUGGCUUCCUGUUGGAGAGGUCAGAGGAGUUUGUAGUCUUCUGUCUGUAUAAUUGUACUGGAGAGUCAGAGUUUGUUGUCUUGUGUCAUGGGAGUUGUAGUCACGAGAGUGAGUGAGAGAGAGUUUGUAUCACGAGAGUGAGAGAGAGUUUGUAGUCUUCUGUCUGUAUAGUUGUCUUGUAUCACGAGAGUGAGAGAGAGUUUGUAUCACGAGACAUUCAUUUUCUUGUUAUAUAAUUCACUCAUUAUCAUCUCAUUUUCUCAUCUCAUUCUCAACGUCUAGCAAUUCUCUCAUUCUCAACGUCUAGCAAUUCUCUCAUUCUCUAUUCUCACAAUUCUCAUCACAAACACAUUCUCUAUUCUCACAAUUCUCAUCACAAACACAUUUAUAAAAAGCUAAAACAAAUUCUCAUGGCAUCUUCUUCUAAUAACAAUAUCGAGGGAUCAAUGGAUGACAUUUUUGAUCAUCAUUUCGAGCAAGCAUUUGACACGGUGUACAAUCAUAUCGGUGAUCAGUUAGAAAACGAAAGGAAGACAAGAAAAAAAAGAGUUUUUAUCGAAAGACACCGUGAAGAAGGUCAUCUCCGGUUAUGGAAUGAUUAUUUCAGUGACGUUCCGACGUAUCCUGAAAAUCUAUUCCGACGACGAUUUAGGAUGAACAAGUCAUUGUUCAUGUUUAUUGUUGAUCGCCUCUCCAAUGAAGUCCCUUUCUUUCGUCAAAAGAAAGACGUUACCGGAAGAUGUGGUCUCUCUGCACUUCAAAAAUGUACAGCAGCUAUUCGCGUGUUGGCAUAUGGUUCUGCGCUUGAUGCGGUCGACGAAUACCUUAGGCUCGGUGCAACCACUGCUCGGUUAUGUGUGGAAAAUUUUGUAGAAGCAAUCAUAAAUUUGUUCGCCAAUGAGUACCUAAGAAAACCAACACGAGAUGAUCUUCAACGUCUACUUCAUAUUGGAGAUAUUCGUGGAUUUCCCGGGAUGAUAGGAAGCAUCGAUUGUAUGCAUUGGGAGUGGAAGAAUUGUCCCACCGCUUGGAAAGGGCAAUAUUCUCGUGGUUCCGGAAAACCGACAAUCGUUUUAGAAGCGGUAGCUUCAUAUGAUCUCUGGAUUUGGCAUGCGUUUUUUGGACCUCCAGGUACCUUAAAUGAUAUCAAUGUUCUUGAUCGCUCACCUGUUUUUGAUGACAUAAUAAAUGGUGUAGCACCGCGAGUGAAUUUCUCCGUCAACGGAAGAAACUAUCGUUAUGCUUACUAUCUCACCGAUGGUAUUUAUCCAAAAUGGGCAACUUUUAUCCAAUCUAUUUCACUUCCACAAGGGCCGAAAGCAGUCUUAUUUGCUACACAUCAAGAAGGUGUCCGGAAAGAUGUCGAGCGUGCUUUCGGAGUCUUGCAAGCUCGAUUUGCCAUCGUUAAAAAUCCGGCGCUUUGUUGGGAUAAAGUCAAGAUUGGGAAGAUUAUGAGAGCAUGUAUCAUACUACAUAAUAUGAUAGUAGAAAACGAACGGGAUGAAGGCACUCAAUACAAUCUUUCGGAUUUCCAACAGGGAGAAGGCAGCGGAAGUUCACACGUCGAUCUCGCUUUCUCAUCAACAAUUCCUUCAAAUAUCGCCAAUCAAAUGGGUGUUCGAACUGACAUCCGUGAUGGACAAGUACAUCAACGACUGAAAGCUGAUUUGGUUGAACAUGUAUGGAAUAAAUUUGGAGACAACAACUAACCUUCGAAGCUUCUUUGAGAUUAUUUUUCGUUUAUUUUAGUAAUCUUUGUUUUUAUUAUUUUAUGUUUUUAUUUUAAAAUGUUAUGUUUAACUUUGUUUUUAUUAAAUAAAUUUUUUCUUUGUUUAAAA